AUGGAAGACGAACAAGAUAAUUUGAAAAAUAAUAUUCAAGAUGAACCAUUAGCAAAUGAAGUACGAACGAAAGAAGGUGAAGAUAAAUUACAUACAAAUGAUAAUGAAGAUUUUACUUGUGUUAUGCUUAGUAAAACAUCUGAAUGCAAGGAAUCAACAAAUAUAUCUGCUGUAAAUAUUGUUGUUCCUAAUCCAUCACAAUGCAAAGAAGAAGAAGAAAAAGAAACAUGUGAAGAUAAAGUUAUUUAUAAAACAAUACAUGAUAAAUCAAAAGAAGGACCAACAAAAUUUGGUGGUAAACAAUUUGAUAAUGUUAUUCGUGAACAAGCAAAAAUAAAAUAA